AACAGCAGCUCUGUUGACGUGUUGUGUAGUCUUGGGUUCAGCCCAACCACCCGAUUAGGUAAAGGUGCACGUAGGCUUUUCAGAAGUUUAUCCCAAGCAGUUAUGAAGCCGGUACAUUGAAGUUCGGAGGUGGUGGGGCCACGAAAAGAGUCGAUUGCCUCCUUUGUAUUGUGCGUGAAGAAAUCUAGUUUUCUCUUUACAUCUUGUUCAGAACCUGAACUUUGAUACUAUUACAACAGGCUGGAUAUCUAUUCGAACAAAUAGUAGCUUUCUAAAGAUAAAACUCAUGUUCUGAUGCAAGAUGAGAUUCGUACUGUAUCUGUCUUGGCAUAGCUUUCUGUUUUUCUGGGGUUCUGUUUCCAAUUGCAUUUUAUCCGGACCCAGCGCUACGUUUGUGGAGCUUAGAGAUCGAAUGUUUGAAAACAGAUCUCUACAAACAAGAAAUCAAAGUACAUUUCGUUAUUAUUGUUGAAACCCUUAUUUUUAUGGCCCAAUCUCCAUGACCAAAAAGUAAAGCAUUUCGACGUGAUUUUUAUUCCAAUCCAGCUUUGAAAAGUGGUGUGAGCAACGAUGACUGAAAAUGGAAUAAAGUGGGCCUGUGAAUAUUGCACGUAUGAAAACUGGCCCUCUGCAAUCAAAUGUACUAUGUGUCGUGCGCCAAGACCUACUGGCACUAUAAUUACUGAAGAUCCAAUCAGGGGCAGCUCGAGUGAUUUGAAUCAAGACUGGGAUACCACAAAUAUAGAGGGUGGCAGCAGCCCUUUGAUUUGUCCAGACUCUAGUGCUAGACCAAGGGUUAAAUCAUCCUACAAUUCAGAAAGUACAAGCAAGUGGUCAUGCCACAUGUGUACUUAUCUGAAUUGGCCAAGAGCAAUAAGAUGCACUCAGUGUUUGUCCCAACGUCGGACUAGAAGUCCUACAGAAUCCCCCCAGUCAUCUGGUUGUAUUUCAAGACCAGUUCAGGCUUCUCAGGAUCCAUGUGAAGAAUAUAAUGACAGGAACAGGCUGAACACAAAAGCAUUGCAUUGGACGUGCACAGCUUGCACAUACGAGAACUGUCCCAAGUCUCGAAAAUGUGUAGUCUGUGACUAUCCUAGACCUAAUAAUUUGGAAGCAUUUGAAUUUGCAGAGCCAGAGGAAGCUUCUUCACUGAUAAAUGAGCAGGACAGGGCUCGAUGGAGGAGCAGUGUUGGUGGUGGCAAUAGCCAAAGAAGAUCUCCUCCUGUACCUAAACGUGAAUCUGCGAUGAAAAUGGACUUUCAGAGGAUUGAGCUGGCACCUGGGGCUGUAGGGAGUAAAGAAGAGUUGGAAGUGGACUUUAAAAGACUCAAACAAAUAAAGAACAGAAUGAAAAGAUCAGAUUGGCUGUUUCUCAACGCUUGUGUUGGAGUCGUAGAAGGGGAUCUGGCUGCAGUUGAAGCUUACAAGUCAUCAGGAAGUGACAUUGCUCGGCAGCUUGUAUCAGAUGAAGUACGCUUGCUGAAUCGCCCUUCAGCUUUUGAUGUAGGUUACACCCUAGUACACCUUGCUAUCCGUUUUCAGAGACAGGACAUGUUGGCAAUUUUGUUGACAGAGGUGUCUCAACAAGCUGCCAAGUGUAUACCUGCUAUGGUAUGCCCAGAGCUUACUGAACAGAUACGUCGUGAAAUAGCUGCAUCCCUUCAUCAACGCAAGGGAGACUUUGCCUGUUACUUCCUCACUGAUCUGGUGACAUUCACGUUGCCUGCAGAUGUUGAGGACCUGCCACCAUCAGUGCAGGAAAAAUUGUUUGAUGAGGUGCUUGAUCGGGAUGUACAGAAAGAAUUAGAGGAAGAAUCGCCUAUUAUAAAUUGGUCCUUGGAGCUGGGAAGCCGUCUGGAUAGUCGCCUGUACGCUCUUUGGAACCGCACAGCAGGUGACUGCCUGCUUGAUUCGGUGCUACAAGCAACAUGGGGUAUUUACGAUAAAGAUUCGGUUCUACGGAAAGCUCUUCACGACAGCUUACAUGACUGUUCACAUUGGUUUUAUACACGCUGGAAGGAGUGGGAGUCUUGGUAUUCUCAGAGUUUUGGGUUACAUUUCUCGCUGCGAGAAGAGCAGUGGCAGGAGGACUGGGCGUUUAUUCUCUCCCUUGCAAGUCAGCCUGGAGCCAGUCUAGAACAGACCCACAUCUUUGUUCUGGCUCAUAUUCUUCGCCGACCAAUUAUAGUCUAUGGAGUGAAAUACUACAAGAGUUUUCGUGGUGAGACACUAGGAUAUACACGAUUUCAAGGUGUGUACUUGCCUUUGCUUUGGGAACAGAGUUUCUGUUGGAAAAGCCCUAUUGCUCUGGGGUACACUAGGGGCCACUUCUCUGCACUGGUCGCAAUGGAAAAUGUUGGCUAUGACAAUCGAGGUGCUGGCGCCAACCUAAAUACAGAUGAUGAUGUCAACAUCACUUUUUUGCCACUGGUGGACAGUGAGAGGAAGUUGUUGCACAUACACUUCCUUUCAGCUCAUGAGAUUGGUAAUGAGGACCAGCAGGAGAAGCUACUGAGGGAAUGGCUUGACUGUUGUGUCACCGAGGGUGGAGUUCUUGUUGCACAACAACGGAGCUCUCGUCGGCGCAACCAUCCAUUGGUUACACAAAUGGUAGAGAAAUGGUUAGAUCGUUAUCGGCAGAUACGGCCCUGCACUUCUCUUUCAGAUGGUGAGGAAGAUGAGGAGGAGGAUGAUGAAUGAAGCAAGGUUUCUGAUGGAGUCAUUGGCAUUACUUUGCUGAGAAGCCUGUAGGUUGGACUGUUCUGGUUUGACGUGCAUCAUGGAAAGUUUGGAUACCAAAUAGAAGUCACGUUUGAGGUCUGAUCUUUGGCAACAAAAAAAGGCUGAUCUGUUCUGUUGAAAUCAGAACUGGCGUGGUUGGACAACAAUAAACUAUGAAUGCAAAAUUUACUUUAAUGUUUAAAAAAAAGUGUUUUUCCCCCCAAACUGUACAUCUUUAACUAUAACUAUACUGCAUGUGGUUGUGUAAGAACUCAUGUAACAGGGAAAGAAAUAUACCAGCAUCUAAAAAAUAACUGAAUUUAUAUUGAUUUCCUAACAAGGGCACUUAAAAAAGAAAAAGCUCAUUUUAAAUUCCAGUUUGUUCCUUCUAGAUUUAUUUUAUUAUAGCCAUUAUUGGUCUAUAUAGCUAAUGCUUUUAAAAUACUGGUGCAUGUGUUCUUUGGAGACAUAUUUUAAUGCCAAAUUAUGGUGCUGAGGGUCAGGUGACAGGUUGUACGGUGGGAUUUGAGGAAUAAGGGGCAUCAUGGGUGGCAAAAACCAUGAGAACAAGUGCAUGGGUAUUCCCUUGAAUACUAUAAUGAAGUAAAAUCUCUAAGGAACAAAAUACAGAUGUUGGGUUGUGUUGCAAAGUGUUCACCAAAGUAUUGUCUUUGUUUCUGAUUUUUUAAGAGACUGUUACUCUAUAUAGUAUGGAGACGGCAAAUUAUUGUUUUAAAGUUUGCAGACAUCAUACAUGUUCUCAUCUUCACUAAUGUUCGCUACUACAAACCUAGUUUAGACCCUGAACUCUGGCAGUAAUUCUAUUCUGAUAAUCCUAUUUAUUUAAAGUGACCUGGAGACAUGAGGUACUUUUUCCCCCCAUAAAAUUAAGUUCAGAACUGAUUGUGUGGAUUUUGUUGAUUGUUUACUCAACCCCAAUGAAGAAUUUCAUGUUGCACAAAUACAUACUCUUGCUGUGAAAAUGUUGCUGAAUGUGCUGUUGACUUUAUUUGUCUAUGCAAAUGCUGUGCACCACGAAGCCAAAGGUUCCCACUUAAUAAGGUCAUUAUAUUGCAGUUGCAUGUGUCUCACUUAAAUUUUAUAAUUCUAUUUAGAACAGUUUUGAACUUUACAAAGAAAUACUUUCUCUUGGAAACGUUCUAGGCAUCUCAUGCAAAUUGAGUUAUCGCUGUAAUCCCUAAUGUUCAGUGCUUGUCACAUCAGCAGCCAUACAGAUUAAACUACAGUGAUGUGAAA